UGUAUCACUUUAAAUUAAACCAAUCGUUUGCACUCAUGACUUGAGCUAUUUAGCCAACUAGCUAUUAGCCUAAACAGCAUAACCAACCAGCACACAGAAUUUAGAACAGCCACAUUUUUACAGAUGACGUCCCACACCGUAGCAGCGUAGCCUUCAGGUCUGCUACUAAACCACUGGCCUUCAUCGAGAGCAUCAAGUCCAUGCUGAAUUGUGGGUAAACGGUGACUGGCUGACUGAUUUAUAAAUAAUAAUGAGUAGUUAUUUAAGAUGCAAGGUGAUUUGUAAAUGAGUCAGCAGCCACCUGCACUGUCGGCUGCAAAGUCGAACGAGCCCAAUACCAAACCAAUCAGGUGUUCGACGAAAUUAUUCUUCAGACAUCAUUGAUCACGUGCUGCUGAUAAAGGGACACUGCUUUGAAUUAUACCGCUUAGCGACUUCAGUACCUGCCUCAUAGCUCCAGUCUCAAACUUAACCCCGGUCCUGCUGAAGAAGAGGCGGUCGUCUGGAUGGAGAAAGAAGCUCUCGUGAAAGAGGUGGAGGAAGAGGAGGCUGUUACAAUACAAAAACAAGUAGAGGUUGAGGCUGUUACCGUGAAAGAAGAAGAGAAAGACGUCACAGUUAAAGAGGGAGACUCGUUCAGAGUUAAUAAAGAGGGGGACGACGACAUUUCAGUGAACGAAGAGGAGGGGGAGGUGACUGUCACAUCGGAAAAUGAAGAAGAGGAGGAAACUGGAUAUCUCGGCCCGGUUUCCCAAGCGCAUCUUAAGGCGUCCGAUGGUUCCAACGAUGAAGGGGCCCUGAUUAACACUAGAGAGAGACCUAACUAUCGUGGAUUCUCUGGGGGGCCUCAACAACCUCAUGAUGGUGACAGGGCAGAGAAGAGUCUCUCCAAAUCAAAACACCUCAAGAAACACCAGCAGAGACCCACAGGGAAGAAAUGUCAUUGCUGCUCUGACUGUGGGAAAGGUUGCAAAUCUUCAUCAGAACUUAAAAUACACCAGAGAACACACACAGGAGAGAAACCUUAUAGCUGUGGUCAAUGUGGGAGGAGUUUUGUUCAAGCUAGCCAUCUGACUAAACACCAGAGAACACACACAGGAGAGAAACCUUAUAGCUGUGAUCAAUGUGGGAGGAGUUUUACUACAUCUAGCAUUCUGACAGUACACCAGAGAACACACACAGGAGAAAAACCUUAUAGCUGUGGUCAAUGUGGGAGGAGUUUUACUACAUCUAGCGGUCUGACAUUACACCAGAGAAAACACACAGGAGAGAAACCUUAUAUGUGUGAUCAAUGUGGGAGGAGUUUUGUUAAAGCUAGCCAUCUGACUCAACACCAGAGAACACACACAGGAGAAAAACCUUAUAGCUGUGGUCAAUGUGGGAGGAGUUUUGCUACAUCUAGUGAUCUGACAGUACACCAGAGAAAACACACAGGAGAGAAACCUUAUAUGUGUGAUCAAUGUGGGAGGAGUUUUGUUAAAGCUAGCUAUCUGACUCAACACCAGAGAACACACACAGGAGAGAAACCUUAUAUGUGUGAUCAAUGUGAGAAGAGUUUUGUUCAAGCUAGCCAGCUGACUUCACACCAGAGAACACACACAGGAGAGAAGCCUUAUAGCUGUGAUCAAUGUGAGAAGAGUUUUCCUACAUCUAGCCAGCUGACUUCACACCAGAGAACACACACAGGAGAGAAGCCUUAUAGCUGUGAUCAAUGUGACAAGAGAUACUCUGAUAAAAGAUCUCUGAUCAAACAUCAGAAAAUACAUGCAUGA